AUGUCUUCAUUGUCUUCAGUGAGACAAUCGAUGCGUCAACUGAUGCCCAAUCCGUGUCACAUCACCCUUGAGAACCGCUUCGAAGUCCUCAACCGGAUUGUAAUGCCUUUAUAUCCCAUGGAUUACGAAAAGCAAUUGCAAAUCAAAUACAAGAAGAAUCAACAAAUCCUUCAAAACUUUGGUCACAGACUGCGAUCAGUGAACUCACCCGUUGUGGUCAACCAUAAAGGACUUCCGUGUCCUCUGGAGUCCGUCAAAGGCUCGCCACUGACUGAACGCUACAGAAAUAAAGACGAGUUUAGUGUUUGGCCGGGAGUUGACGGCUUCACGAAGACUGUGGGCUUCUUCGUGGGCCAGCCCUCUGUCCACUCGGAUGUCUAUUGUGUAGAACCGGAUCACAUGGUUGUUAGCCGUGAAUCACAUCUUAGUAUCGCUAAGAAGUUUCAAAUCUAUUUGAAAGACAUCUCACAAUACGAUUCGUGUCAGAACUACGGAGAUGGCGGUCACUGGAGAAGACUUCACAUCAGAUCCAAUACAGACGGUCAUCAUAUGGUGACAGCUAUUAUGCAUCCGCAAGACCUCACUCAACGCGAAUUGGAUGAAGAGAUGCAAAGGAUAAGAGAUUACUUCGAUGGCGACCAACGAAUCAAAUCCCUGUACUUCCAGGCGUCCAGACAUACGCGACUCAGCAAUGAAAAGGCGCCGUUCGUUCACCUCUUCGGCGACCGCACUAUCACUGAAACACUCUUUGAUAAACGGUUUGAGAUAUCUGUCGAUUCCUUCUUCCAAAUCAAUACGAGUGCCGCAGAAAUACUGUAUAAGAAUGUGAUCUCUGAGUUGAACGCCACCCGAAAGACAACUGUUUUGGACGUCUGCUGCGGAACGGGAACUCUGGCCACUCUGUUAGCGCCAGAUGUGUGUCGAGUGAUUGGAAUCGAUUCCUCCGAGUCUGCGAUCAGUGACGCGCGACAUAACGCGGCCCUCAAUGGCAUCAAAAAUACAGUGUUUAUUGCGGGACCCGUUGAACAAGAGCUCCCAAAACUGGUCGACGACUUGUACUCACAAGACAUUGUAGUGGUGGCCAACCCUACCAGAGGUGGUCUACAUCCCAGUGUCAUCAAUAUAUUGCGUGAAUUUAGUCGCAUCCGAAAGAUUGUAUUCGUUUCGUGCAAACCAGAAGGCUAUGCGUCCAAGAACUUCAUUCAUCUGUGUCUGCCAUCAGACAGACGUAACCGAUCCUUAGGAUCUCCUUUCGUGCCAACCAAUGCAGUUCCCGUCGAUCUCUUUCCCCAAACAAAUCAUUGCGAACUAAUCAUCACUUUUGAGAGGUUCUGA